AUGCUGCCCAGUUCGUCGGUCUGGAUGCAAAUGUCUAGGGUAUGGCGGUCAGAGAUGCCCAUCAACCCGCUCGUGAAGACUGCUUCCAAUAUGCUUCUGCCUCCUCUACAAUUGUACCGCUCUCUGUUGCGUGCACACCGUUCUUUGCCACCGGAGAUGCGAGCCUUGGGCGACGACUAUGUGAAAGCCGAGUUCCGCCGCCACCAAAAGAUUGACAAUCCACUCCAGAUUGUCGCAUUCUGCAGUCAAUGGAAGAUGUACUUGGAUUCGCUGCAAGCUGACAGCAAAAAUCCUGACGGACUUCGUGGUAUGAGCCUCGACCCAAGCUUGUUGGAGAAGUUCUCAGACGAACAGCUGUACCAACUCUAUGAGCUCAAGUUGGCCACAGAGGAAGUAUUCGAUCCUGAGCGUGCCCAAGCGGCGCCGCCAGCUGAUUAUGAUCCAUCAAAAGCUUUCUAA